GCACGCUUGUUCAGGACUUUUCUUCCAGGCCAGGAUUGCUCCUCGUUCGUCCCGGGCGCUGCCUCUGUCGGUAUUGCCUGUUGGGUCCAUGAUGCGACGCUUGGGCUCCGUGCAGCGGAAAAUGCCCUGUGUGUUUGUGACGGAGGUGAUAGACGAACCCUCGGCCAAAAGGGAACACCAGCCAUUUAAAGUUUUGGCAACUGAAACUCUAAGCAACAAAGCAGUAGAUGCAGAUAUACACAGUGCAAUUCCAACAGAAAAAGUGGAUGGAACAUGUUGUUAUGUUACUACCUACAAAGAUAAGCCAUACCUUUGGGCUCGACUAGACAGAAAACCCAACAAACAAGCUGAAAAAAGAUUUAAAAAUUUUCAACAUUCCAAAGAGAACACAAAAGAAUUUCUUUGGAAUGUGGAAGAGGAUUUCAAACCUGUCCCAGAGUGCUGGAUCCCAGCAAAGGAAAUAGAACAACUGAAUGGGAAUCUGGUGCCUGAUGAAAAUGGACACAUUCCUGGUUGGGUACCAGUAGAGAAAAACAGCAAACAGUAUUGCUGGCAUUCCUCUGUAGUUAACUAUGAAUUUGAAGUUGCCCUGGUACUAAGGCAUCAUCCUGAUGAGCCUGAAGUUUUGGAAAUAAGUGCAGUGCCACUCUCAGAUCUCUUAGAGCAAACCCUGGAGCUUGUAGGAACAAAUGUGAAUGGAAACCCAUAUGGGUUAGGAAGCAAGAAACAUCCACUGCACUUUCUUAUACCACAUGGAGCAUUUCAAAUAAGAGAUAUGCCUGCCCUGAAUCACAGCGACCUCUUGUCCUGGUUUGAAGGUUGCAGAGAGGGUAAAAUUGAAGGAAUUGUAUGGCACUGCAGUAAUGGCUGUUUAAUUAAGGUCCAUCGCCAUCACCUUGGUUUAUGCUGGCCAAUUUCCGAGACUUACAUGAAUUCAAAACCAGUUACUGUCAACAUGAACCUGAACAAAUAUCACUAUGCUUUCGAUACUAAAUGUCUGUUCAAUCAACUUUCAAAAAUAGAUAAACAGAAAUUUGGUAGGCUCAAAGAUAUAAUACUUGAAAUAUAAAAUGGAAAUACAAUUAAAAUUAACUUUGUAUUGAGAUCUUGAAUAUUCUGCUACGUUUUCGAAGCUCCUAUCUCUCUGGAAAACAUACCAGGGUCU